AAGAUUCGUGAGCAACACCGACACGUGUUGUAACAGCCAAGGAUGAUUUUAAAAAAACACAUAUUUGUUAAGGGAUUGAACAGCCGAGCUGUUUAUGAGGUCACUGCACUAAAACGGAUUUGAAAGAGUGGAGACCGUCGCUUCUCAGAGAAUUUUCGGGGUCGGAUUUCAGCAGUCCGUAGCGCUGCAUAGUGCGGAGACUGAGGCAGUCUUUGUUCAGCCAGUCUGAAGUGAGAGACUGGAGAGUCAGUCAGGAGGAGAGAAGUGAGAGAGGAGAGAGAAGAGUGGGUGACAACACUCUGGAAGUGUUGAUAUCCACGUUUUUGCACUAAUCUUAUGCUCAUACUUCUGAAGAAAAUGAAACUGCGCCUCCUGUCGUGGCUCGUUGGUGCGCAUCUUGCCUUGAGUUAUCUCUCAUCUGCGCUUCAUGUGAUGGAAGAGCGAGGGUCCAAGGGUCAUCUAGUGCUCACUGAGCUAAUUGGCGUUCCUCUUCCUCCAUCUGUGUCCUUCAUCACUGGCUACGAGGGUUUCCCUGCCUACAAUUUUGGGCCUAAUGCUAAUGUAGGCCGACUGACCCAGUCCUUUGUACCUGAGCCCUUCUUCACGGACUUUGCCAUUAUUGUCACCCUCAAGCCCUCCAGCUCUCGAGGAGGGGUCCUGUUUGCCAUCACAGAUCCCUCCCAGAAGAUUGUGCACCUGGGCUUGGCCCUGACACCUGUAGAGGACAAGACCCAGAGGAUUGUACUCUAUUACAGCGAGCCAGGGUUUGCUGACACCAUGGAGGUGGCUUCCUUUAAAGUGCCUGACAUGACACAACAGUGGAACCGCUUCACGCUGACGGUGAAGAAUGAGGAAGUUCGGCUCUAUAUGGACUGUGAGCAGUACCACAGCGCACCCCUGAAGAGAAGCAAGCAGCCCCUCAGCUUUAAGACAGGCUCGGGCAUCUUUGUGGCAAAUGCGGGCAGUACUGGCCUGGAGAGAUUUGUGGGGUCUAUCCAACAACUGGUGAUAAAACCGGACCCCAGGGCAGCAGAAGAGCAAUGUGAGGAGGAUGACCCCAGCGGGGACAGAAGUGGUGAUGGUGAGGGUGUUGAUGAUGAAGAAGAGCAUGGGAGACAUAACGGACUCUUUGGUCUGGCAAACGAGAGAGAAGAUAAAGAAAAGACACAUAGACCCACCAUUCCUGUGCAAGCCCCACCCACUGUAUCACCUGAGGUGGAAGAGGGGGAGUUCUCAGGAUAUGUGACCCCUAAAGACGAACGUCCAUUUGGAGGGAGUUACAAAACACAUGAAAUGGAGGAGAUUACAGAUCGUUCAGGCCAGGGACAAAAAGGGGAACGUGGAGCACCUGGACCUGCAGGCCCCCCGGGACCACCUGGACCUCCUGGACCAUCUCUCCCACCCAGAGAUUCAGGUCAGCUUGGAGAGAGAGGCCCACAAGGUCCACCAGGAGGACCAGGGAAAGAUGGGCAACCUGGAAGCAAAGGUGAAGAAGGAAAACCAGGGCAAAGAGGACCGCCAGGACCUCCAGGAUUACCUGGAGAAUCUGGAAUUAAAGGAGAAAAGGGUGAUCCUGGGAUGGGUGAACCUGGAUUGCCUGGUCCACCAGGGCCUCCCGGCCCACCAGGGCUAUCCAAACCAAUUAAAGUUCCAUAUGGAUUUGAUGCUCUCGGCUCUGGAUUUGGAGAUGUUGACAUUGAUACAGAACGUCUUAGAGGUCCACCUGGUCCUCCAGGCCCUCCUGGGAAACCUGGCCCACCUGGUACUAAUGGCUCCUUUGGGGGUUUGCUGACUGGACCUCCAGGUGCCCCUGGCAAGGAUGGCAGAGAUGGGCAACCUGGACUUCCUCUGUUUGAGGACUGGUUUAGUGGGUCUGGCACUGACUCUGGGUUUGGCUCAGGGUUUGGCUCGGGUUUUGGUAAAGGACAGACAUUGCCCUGGUUCGUUCAGGUCACUGAACCAGGAGUUCCUGGUCAGGAAGGCUUAAGUGGACAACAGGGUCCAAAAGGAGCAAAGGGUGAACAAGGAAUAAGAGGGCCCCCUGGACCUAAGGGUGAAAAUGGUGACCCUGGCCUGAGAGGUCCACUUGGCCCUAUUGGACCUAUGGGGCCCAGGGGUGUACCUGGACCACCUGGCCCUCCUGGCCCACCAGGGCCCUCAAGCAAUAACUUCAAGGUGGACACUUUGAAGGAUUUGGAGGGUUCUGGUGAAAGCGGAAUGUUUCUCGGAGCCGGAAUUUCAAAAGGCUAUCAAGGGCCUCCUGGUCUUCCUGGCCCACCAGGACCUCAGGGACUUCCUGGAGCUGACGGAGCCCCCGGUUUGUCUGUAAGGGGUGAACCAGGAUUGCCAGGACCUGAUGGAAAACCCGGAUUAGCUGGUUUACCAGGAGUCAGGGGGCCAAAGGGAGACAAGGGCAGUCCAGGAAAGAAGGGUGAGCGAGGUCAUGAUGGACUGAGCAUCACAGGGCCUCCCGGCCCCCCUGGCCCUCCUGGACCAAUCGUUAACUUUCAGGAUCUCUUUUUUAAUGAUACAGCAGCCAAAUUAAACCUCACUAAGAUCCGAGGACCGCCAGGCCCUAUGGGCCCUGAAGGUUUGCCUGGCAGAGCAGGAUUUCCUGGCCCAAGGGGACCAAAAGGUGAAAUUGGGUUUCCUGGUAUUCAAGGACCUCCAGGACUGAAGGGAGAAAAGGGGGAGUCAGGCAUAUCCAUAGCUGCUGAUGGUUCGCUAAUAACAGGCCUGAGAGGAUCCAGAGGACCAAAAGGAAUCAAGGGAGACAUCGGUCCCACUGGACGACCUGGGAUUAUGGGGCCGAUUGGACCACCAGGACAAAAAGGAGAAUAUGGAAUGCCUGGUCGACUAGGUCGGCCUGGAAUAGUUGGAAGGAAAGGGGACAAGGGAGAUGCUAGUGGUCCCCCUGGUCCACCUGGUCCACCUGGACCUCCAGGGCCACCAGGACGAGUGAUUGGCCUCAAUGGAACAGUUUUCCCAGUUCCUCCUAGACCACACUGCAAAAUACCAGUCAACAACAACAAUUCACAACAAGGCAAUGGAAGAGUGCCAUUUGGAGUCAAAGGAGAGAAGGGUGAUGUAGGAAAUCCUGGAUUGCCAGGAGCUCCAGUGCCUAUGUUUCCCCAAGAUUAUGUGGGUGCUAAAGGUUAUAAUGGCUACAAAGGGCAAAAAGGAGAGAAAGGGGAUCCAGGUUUGCCUGGCACUCCAGGUCUCCCUGGGAGAGCAGGCCUUGUGGGACCUAAAGGGGACUCUAUUGUUGGCCCUCCUGGGGACACUGGUGCCCCAGGCCUGCCAGGACUGCCUGGGUAUGGAAAUCCAGGACCACAAGGGCCACCAGGACCACCUGGGCCACCAGGUACCCCGUCGGCAUAUGGCUCAGCUGCGAGUCUCCCUGGACCUCCAGGUCCUCCCGGGCCGCCUGGUGCUCCUGGCCAUGGAAACCCUGUGAGCACAUAUAGAAACAGUCAGACCUUGAUGAGAGAGACCAGUCGAGCUGCAGAAGGGACACUGGGAUAUGUUAACGACAACAGUGAACUGUACAUCAGGGUACGAGGGGGCUGGAAGAAAGUUGAGCUAGGAGAGCUCAUCCCAGUUCCCCAAGAGAGUUCCUCAUCUGAUUUGUCACAAGGCCUGAGCAGACCCAGCGACCACAGUGUACCCAGAGUUCACAGCCAGGAGUUAAAGAGCGUACUGCCAGGCUUCAAUGUUCUUCCACACACUGCACACUCGAUGCCUGCGUUGCACCUGGUGGCACUCAAUACCCCAUUCUCAGGGGACAUGCGUGGAAUCCGAGGGGCAGAUUAUCAGUGUUACCAGCAAGCCCGUACCAGGGGCCUGACAUCAACUUACAGAGCUUUCCUCUCCUCUCACCUACAAGACCUAUCUACCAUCGUCAAGAAAGGGGACCGCUUCAACUUGCCAGUGGUGAACCUCAAAGGAGAAGUGCUCUUCGGCAGCUGGAUGGCUAUGUUCUCCGGCAAUGGGGCUGUUUUUGAUCCACUUACUCCGAUUUACUCCUUUGAUGGAAGAAAUGUCAUGACAGAUCAGGCUUGGCCUCAGAAACUGGUGUGGCACGGCUCGAGUACAGUGGGCAUCCGAGUAACAACUAACUACUGUGAGGCAUGGCGGACGGGUGACGUGGCGGUGACCGGACAGGCAUCUCUUCUGCAGACCGGCAGAUUGCUCGGGCAGCACACACGUAGCUGCUCAAACCACUUCAUUGUGCUUUGCAUUGAGAACAGCUACAUCCAGGACCCUGGAAGGAACUAGAAAGCUGACCAUUUUAAAGUAAAGUAAUGCAGAUGUAGGGAGCAGCAGUAGCUGGACUGCUAGGGGAAAUAUCCAAUCUACUCUUUUUUUUAUUUUUAGGGAUAGAGUUCCUGUGAGAAGCAACAAGCCAGGGAAAAUGGCACUGCAAUCAUGUUUCAGUUCUUCUCUGAGCAUGGUGUAAAUAUGUAUAAAUCACCCACUGAUAUUGUUCAGUCAGCGCCCCACCAACUUUUAUUCAACUAUUAGAAUACCAAAGAAUACCUCAGCCAGACAUCAAGCAAGUGUAGAUCCAUUGUAUGAAUUCACUGCAUUACUGUGUGUCUUCUCAGAUGGUCUCAGUCCCUCCUUAAAAUGACUAAUACAGAGUUUUGUGUGUGUAUAAUAUUAACUACGAAAUUAAAACCACAAACAUCAAUAGACACAAGAUGCUUUCUUUUAAUCAGACUAAAUAUCAAUAUUUAGAUAUCAGUAUUUGGAUAUAUUCAAACAACAGUUUUGGAAGUUGUUUAAAUGCACUAUAUUAAUAAUUUCUUGUGUUUUUUGGGUUAGAGUUUUUCAUGAAGCUACUUUCUGUGAACUUGCAUUUAAACUCGUAUUUAAAAGAGGAAAAAUGUCUAAUUUAUCAUGUAAAAGCACAUAAAACUAAAAUCCAGUGCCAAGUACAUACUUACAUAGGCAUUCAUUUCAAAAGUUGACAGUGGCCACAACCACAUUAUAACUCUUCACUGUGUUUAAUCUUUCUAUAAUGACAUAUUUAGAAAGACAAAAUAGAAAAUAAGAUACAUUGUUUAUCUUCUAGAAGCCGGGUAUAAUUAUGAUACAAGGAUAGAGAGACACCUCCCCCUUUCUUUUUUUUCAUAUUUGAAUGGUGCUCAGUGAAUAAAUGUUUUGUUUUAUAA